AAGAUAUCCAAUUGCAGCUGGUCAUUGCUCCACUGAGGCUUUGUUACCAAUGUUUAUCCUUUCCGAGAUUGAGGACACAGUCAAGGUUGAACCCAACGAUUUCCGAAAGGAUAAUCACAUUGCCAUUACGGAUGUGCUGAACGAAAAAUACGCGAAUAAGAUAGUACAAGAGGUUGGCUUGUGCAUUUGUGUGUAUGAUAUCUUGCAUGCCUCCGAUGGAUUUAUCCUGUAUGGUGAUGGUUGUAGUUACAUCAAAGUCCUUUUCCGCGUUGUUGUUUUCCGCCCUUUUGUGGGUGAAAUUUUAACAGGAAAGAUCAAGAGCUGCUCACCGCGAGGUGUCCGAGUGACUAUGGGAUUUUUCGAUGAUAUUCAUAUUCCCGGAGCGGCAUUGCAAGCAGGAUCCGAGUUUGAUCCGGCUGAACAAGUGUGGGUAUGGAAUUACGACGGAGAAAAACUGUUUAUGGACAUUGACGAACCGAUCCGAUUUCGUGUAUUGCGAGAAUUCUUUACCGAUACAACGCCUACCGUGCUUCCAGCCUCUGGAUCUCAACAAAGACGCCAAUCCAUUGCUGAUACCUCGGCAAAUAGCGAUUUAGUAGCGAACUCCACUAAAAUACCUCCCUAUUCCUUAACUUGCACAAUUCAAGAAGAUGGUUUAGGCUUAUUAUCCUGGUGGGGAAGCUAAAAAUUGUUUAAAUUUGAUGUUGUCCUGGUCCUUUCUUCAUUUUUCCCACCUUAAUUUUGUACAUUUAGACAUCAUUUCUGUUGUUCUUUUCUUUCUCGAUCUCUUCAUAUAUCAUAAUGUAAAUCAUCUUAUUCACCACAUGAAUAUUUAAGCUGUGACAUGCACGGACUUAUAAAUCGGCUUCUUGUGUUUGUG